AUGGCCUGGGUGGUUGGUGAGGCCGGGGGCUUCAUGCUCCGAGAAUUCCAGCCUGGGGACGCGGAAGCGGUGCGGGAGCUGUUCGCUGCAGGCAUGAGCGAGUACGGGCCGUUGCUGUGCACACACGUGCUGCAGCAGCCUUGGGUGAUGCUCACCCUGACCGGGACCUUCCUGCUGCUGGUGGCCAGCGCACACUCCCUGCUGCUGCCCGCGCUCGUCCUGGCACUGCUACUGGCAACCGGCCACCUGGUGCUAGUCCAAGUCUGGGCCCUCUACAUCCGGCGCUGCCUCUCCCAAGACCUGAAGGAUAUCGGGGACACCUACGCGCCGCACUGCGGUGCCCGCUUCUGGGUGGCUGAGGCCGGGGGCCAGGUAGUAGGUAUGGUGGGCGCGCGGCCAGAGGAGGGCCACGGUCCCUCCGGAGUGCUGGUGCUGAAACGCAUGGUGGUGCGCCGAGACUACCGGGGCCGCGGCGUGGGCAAAGCCCUGGGACGAGCUGUUCUGGCCUUCGCCUGCGAGCAGGGCUGCUGUGCCGUGGUGCUUGUCACGCACCGGUUGCAGCGCGAAGCCCGGAGCCUCUACCUCGGCCUCGGUUUCAGGCCAGAGGCGUCCCAACCGCUUCCCACCUUCUAUGGACGCCUGGUAGACUUUACACUCACCCGCUACCGCUACGACCUUGCCCCGGGGGACUAAGGCGCUGCAGCCUGGGGACGACCUUGAACAGGAGGGUUGUGUUUCCUGGAAAAGGGGAAAUAGAGAGCAGAGCUGGAACCCCUCCCUCUUUUGCUUCAGGGAGGGACCCAGAUCAAAACAUUAAUGAAAUUAGGAUUAACUGGCUUUGGGAUAUCAGGGGGCAGUGAGAGUGUGUGUAUGUGUGUGCGUUGUUUGCAUCCUGAACUAGUCAUUUCAACUCCCAGGGGCACAAUAUCUUGUGACUGGAUUGUACUUUGUGAUUUCUAAGGCUACUGAAAGCAAUUAAAUAACAAGUCUACUUUAUGGGGAGAACAGAUGAAGUAUAUUAUAUUGCAGAACAUUUGGUGCCUCUCACUUUUUUGGGGGGGUCAAUGUUCAAAUAAUUGUUCUGGGUUUGGGGCUAGGGGGUGCAAAUACACUUGAAAAGAGAAAGGAUGACCAGAAGAUUAAAAAACUAAAUUCUUUCUUCCUUGAGUUUUCUGAACCUCUCUAGAAUGCAUUAGCAAUACUGUCCUUUCCCACCCCCCACCCAGGCUAGAGCUUACUGUUAAUAAACUUAACCUUCUUGUUAACAUGCUUAAACUUAGAUUGAGAAAAAGAAUUUCCCUGAAAUUGUACCAGUACUUUUCAUAAGUGCUUUGCCUUCAUCCCAUACGACUUUGAUAUUAGGUAGCAACAUAGAGUGUGAUUUGAGGUGCAAAAAAGAAGUUUCCAAAUGAGCCCAUAGAAUGCCUGAAAUUCUUUCAUUGUCUUUAUGAGCACGAUUUGAAAUUCCCCAU